CACCUGGAUAUUGUUUUGUGGAUGUUUUGGAUAAUGCCACUGUCGAACGCUGCUUAAACCAAUUGAAUGGGGAGUACAUGCCGGGUUCUAAUCCUAUAAUGGUUUUCAGUGGUGAUGUUGAGAGCACCUGUUAAGUUUAUGAAUGGAAAGAUGAAAUUCAGCAGCAUCUGCUUACAGCAAAGGUGCCUUGUGUCACCAUAUUGCCUCCUUGUUGCUGCAGCUUUUGUUUUGGAAAGGAUGUUUUCACAUACAACAAACAAUCCAUGAGUUAUGCAGUAAUGAGGCAAGUCGCUUGCACCAUGGUUCCAGCAUAUCUUAGUUGACACUUCAGAGUGUGGUCAGUGAGAGACCGCUUCCUGUAAAUCUUGUGCUGUUCUGCCCAUGACUGAUACUGGAGCAGGUCUAAACACUGAAGCAUCAUGAUGUUGGAUUGAAUGGAGAGCCUGACUGAUGUCAUGAAUAAUGAAGCCACUGAAAAUGUCUAUGAAGAGGAUAAAUAAGCUGUUAACUGAGAGAGAAAACAUUGCUAUGGAUUGUGGCUGUCCUAGAAAAUUCAAGAUAAAGACUGCCAUGUCAUGUGAGAAGAUUGGAAAAGGGUUAACUAUUGCCGAGACAAUGUCUCAGUUUUUGGAGCAUUACAACCAGUACACAAACCAGUUUUCCCAGUUGAUAAAUCAGCCUUCUAGUUUUUUUGGCUGUCAGAUUCCUGGGCAGCCUGGGGCAGAUUUACCACCAGUAAGUGCAAAUCAGAUGCGACAGAUUGUUGAAAUACAGAAGGCUGCUGCGGUGAGAAAUGCUGCUACAGCAAGAUAUGCUGCCUCGGUACUAAACGCUACUGUGCAGAUCAGUGGAGUAAACCCAUUUCCUGUGGAUCAGAAUGCUUUUCCACCAGUGCCACCAGACUUUAUUGUAGAACAAAAUAGUUUUAAUUCUCAGUGGACAAGUCAGUUUUCCAAUCCAUAUUCCUGUAACUUUCCACCUUAUCCUCCGACAGAGCCUCCACCUACAAUGCCGCCUCCGGCAUUGCCACCUCCUGCAUUGCCCCCCCCUGCAUUACAGUUUGGCCCACCUUUAUUGCCCCCAGCUACAGUAUCAUCCAUGCCUCCAAUGCUGCCUCCUCCUUCAGUGCUAAAUGUUGCAGCUGCAAUGCACCAUGUUGCUGAAGCACAAAAAGCUGCUGCAGCACAAGUUGUUCAGAACAUUAUGGAAAACAAACAUUUUAAUUCAGAGCAAAAUUUGUGGUUAAAUCCUUUCACUGGUUUUAGUUCUGACUAUUCCUCAUUCCAGACCACAGAGGGUAUCCCUGAAGUAUCUGUUUCUUCAACAAUGUUUGCCACGUCUACAGUACCAUCCACUCCUGCAGUGAUAAGUGCUCCACCAAUGCUGAAUGCUGCAGCCGUGCAAUUUAUUUCUGAAACACGAAAAUCUUCUGGUGUGCAGAAACCCAUUGAAUCAAAAUAUACUUCUGUGCGAAGCUUUAAGAAAAGACAAACUAGCACUGAGAAGAGAAAUAUUUCGUCAGUACCACUGACUACAGAGGAUCACACUCAGCUAAAGCAAAACAGUUGUACAGUUUCAAAGGCAGAACAUAUCUAUUCUACAUCUCCAGCGGAGUACAGUGCCUCAUCAGUGAAUACAGCAGCUUCAGCAGAAAACCAGGUCUCAUUUGAGGAGUCUGUUGUAAAUACAGAAGAAUAUGAAGCGCAGUGUAUGGAAAUCAGUGACGAGGAGACUUUGGAAGAAAAUGCAGAGACGACAGCAGUCCCAGAAUAUAUAGAUCCCGAUCCUCCAAUCGAUAUAAUUGCAAUGAAUACAGAUUUUAUGGGAAGAAGUGAAGAAAUUUACGAUGUGCUCAUGAACUGCCACUGGCAACCAUUAGAUACAGCUAUGUCAGGAAUUCCGGCUGUAGUUGAAUUAAGAUAGAAAAUGUGUAGAUAUUUAAUUUUCCAUUUAUAAAUAUGCAUUGGUUCUUCAAAUGUUGCUGAAAUUUGUUUUUACAUGACUGAGAUGUACAACUGGUUUAUUUGAAAAGGAUGUUAAUUAUAUACAGUAUUCUGUUAAUAAAUACAAUACAGUGUGCUACAA